CAGAGAGCUAGCAUACAUCGCUAGCUCACUUUAGCAUAUAUAUUACAUAAAUAUUGGCAUAUAUAAACUAAACUGAAUUGAGGACGAUAUGGCCCGCUUGGUCUCUUCCGGAAUCAUUGGUAAGGGGCACAACAUCUUUGACGAUGGCGGAUUCGGUGAAGUCCAUGCUGACCCAAUUAAAGUCGAGCGUCCGCACAAGCGUCCGCCGCAGAAGCAGAAUGCGGAGAAUGGAACGACGACGAAGGUUGAUGAGCCAAAGGAAUUGCCUAAGCACGUGUGCUUCAAGGGAGACAACGGGCUGUACCUGAGCGCUCGGAUGGUGGAAGGCUACCCCUACCUGCAGUUUGCGUCGGACGACAUAGGCGAUCCAAGUGUGAGGUUCACCACGUACAACUACAUGAUCGACGGCAAGCGGGUGAUCCGCGUCAAGUCGGACCACUUCGGCAAGUUCUGGCGGCGCAGCCCGAACUGGAUCUGGUGCGACACCGACGACACCAGCACGGACAACCGUGACACCCUGUUCGAGGUCGUCAGGGUCGGCGACGACGCGGACGCCGUGUACGGGCUCCGGAACCUCGGCAACAACCACAUCUGCCACCGGCUGACCUACGAGGGCAAGGAGAGCUGCCUGAACGCCAGCAUACCCAGCGUCAGGAAGGAGGCGCAGCUGAAGAUCGAGGAGGCCGUCCUGCUGCGGAAGAUCUACGGCGUGGACUACCACCUCAAGGACGCCAAGAUCCUGAACAACAAGGUGAGGACCCUGGUGACUCGAGAGGCGGUGAACGCCGGCAGCAUGCCCAGCAAGAACACGCUGACCCUCAAGUACGUGGUCAGCAACGGCAAGAUCUGGGACGCCAGCAGGUCCUUGAGGCUGGGCAUCAAAAGCAGCUUCCAAGCCGGAGUCCCCGAGGUCGUGACCGGAUCGAUUACGCUGGAGAGCGAGUUCGACACCAGCUACAUCUGGGGCGAGAACACCGUCAACACGGAGGAGUUCUCCACCGACUACGAGGUCAUCGUGCCUCCGCACACCGUCAUCACGGUGCGCAUCCUGGCCACGCAGGGCACUUGCCAGGUCCCCUUCUCCUACACGCAGGAGGAUAUUUUGACUACCGGGGAGAAGAAGGUCACCAAGUAUGACGAUGGCAUCUUCCGUGGAGUCAACAGCUUUGGUUUCAAGUCCGAGGUCACCGAGAGGAAGAUCAACGGCGAAUGAGACGAUGCACCACUGUGCCAAAGUCUGCUUAUCUAUCUAUAUAUAUCUGCAUCAAUAAUUCAGCCACGUACGCUACCAUCUGGUGGCGCAUGUAUUGCUUUUAAUAAUUGGUGUCAUCUAAGCCAUGCAAGCAUGUGUGCUUUAUAACUAAUCAUCUUGCACUACGCUCGUCUGUUUAUUUGUAUACGUAAGUACUGUACAUUGCAUGCACAUGCACUCUCAUCACCUGUAAUGUUUUACUUGAAAUUUAUUCAAAAAUAAAUAAAGGCUGUCUUUGCCACUUGUUAUC